UCCAUUUUCUAGUUGUUGAUGAAUGUAAGGAUUUGUCCGAAUCGUGUCAUUGUCGUCCAUACCUCUUGAGCUCUUGCCUCUUGGUUACUGCCCUUAGGAGGUAAAGGGGCAAACCAAUCCUUCAAGAAUCGAAAAUCGAUCAAGCAAAACAGAGAUCUCGAAAUUCAAAUAUUGAAAUGCCGAAAACGUCAUUAGUCCUGAAAUCUUUGUGGUGGUUUCAUCUCGUCGUUGCACUUCAAUUCUCGUCUUCAGUUAUAGCUAUCAGGAAGGAUGUGAGCCUGCAAAACAAUUAUAUUUGUAGAACGACAGUACAAGGACGAUACUUGAUAGCUGAUGAUAAAGGUCAAGUCUGUGAUGCUCUGUCAGUUGAUCCACAAUCUCGCUGCUGUCAUGGCAAAGGAGAACAGUUCUCUUGCCACGGCUGCAAUCUGCUCUCACAAUGCUGCAACUCGUAUGAAUUUUGUGUUGCAUGCUGCCUGAAUCCAUCUAGGACACCAAAGGAACUAGCACUAAAGGUGAAGAUUGCAAAGCCUAUAACAGCUGGAACGUAUUCAAGUAUUUUUGAGUUUUGUGCAGGCAGAUGUCGUCAUAAUUCAGAGAGUGUGGUCCAUGAAAAUGCUUACCACAGUGAAUUUCACCAUUGUUUCUCCAUACCAUCAAAUUCUUCAGGGUCCUCUGAGAAGCCCAUGGAAUCAAGAUUGAUUGGGAUUAACAUCAUCAUUGGAAGGCAAGGGGAAUCAUGUGAUUUGGUAUGCAAAUCAAGUGGUGAAUCUUGUGUACCCAGCAAACUACUGCUGCUUAAUCAAUGUGAAAUGAUACAGAAAUACUUGAGCUGUAAAGGUGGAUGCUUGGCCAGUAUUGGAGCAGACCAACCUGCUGAAGUAGUUGAUGAUGCCCCUGAAGACCUGGAAUCUGGGGCAUGCUUGUAUACUACUUCGCAAUCUGUGCUUUCUUGCAGUGGCUCACAUCAGCAUACAAGGAGGCUUUGCCCAUGCGUAUAGUACAUGUUAGGAAUUAUACUGAACACUUGAGUUAUCUAAUUAUUGUGAAGCUUAAUUAGGGCUGAAAUUUGUCUGUAUGUGUAUGCGGCUCUUGUAAGGGUGUGCUUGAAAGAGCGGUUGAAGCGGUGGACCACUUCAAUUUCUCUCGAUAAGUCGUUUGGAUGAAUUGCAGUUUGAGAUGUUGGAAUGGUGAAUCACGCCAGUCGCAAAAAUUUCAAUUGGAGGCCGGUGUUGGGGUUUGGCGGGAGUGGUAGCUAUGGUAUCAUUUCAAUUUCAAUUUCACUGUCACCGGUCUAAUCUCAUCGUUCUUCCAAAUGGAGCCUAAGCAUCAAGUUGAGAAUAGCGGCAUUUGAGUUGUAAUUUUUGUUUUCCAAAUGAAUGGAUACAACUUGUAUGGAAAAUUACAAUUCUUUUACCCUGAAUUAUAUGUUUAUAGCAUUUUUCCUUCCGAAUUAUUCAUGUAUUCACAUUUUUCCCUUCAAUUAUGUUAAAAGUGGUGGUUUUUCUUC